AUGGCUGUUCCAAACAUUAAGCGAAUUGAUGUGACAGAGUUUGACCACAUACUGGGUCAAAACACUGUAGAUCUGGUUUGUGAAUCACUGGGUGGGAGCGUGAUUGCCUGCAGUGAUGAGUUUUUCGCUGCAGCUAAAAACUUGAUUAAUGCAAAACCCCCAAUUCGCAAAGAGGGGCACUUCGUGGAAACGGGUGCUUGGUACGACGGUUGGGAGACUCGUCGUCAUAAUCCAAAACCUUCCGACUGGGUGGUUAUAAAGCUCGGCGUGCCUAGUGGACACGUUUUAGGUUGUGAGAUUGAUACUGCUUUCUUUAGUGGCAAUCACGCACCGGAAGUGAGUGUCGAAGGCACUUUUGUGGCAGAGGGGAACACGGUUACGGCUCAGACGGAAUGGAUUCCCAUUCUUCCUAGGAUUGCCUGUGGACCUAGUCAGCGUCACAUUUUUCAGCUACUCACACCUCCCUCCGAAAGCUUUACUCACGUCCGUCUGCAGCAGUAUCCAGACGGCGGUAUCGCUCGUUUCCGCCUGUAUGGUACCGUGAUUCCUGUCUUCCCUGUCGACCUGGAGGCGCGUAUCGAUCUCGCACACAUGUACUCGGGAGGACUGGCUGUCCAGUGCAGCGACCAACACUUUGGUCGUCGCGACAACUUGCUGCUUCCAGGCCGUGGCGUCGAUAUGGGAGACGGCUGGGAAACAGCUCGUAGUCGUGUGCCUGGUCACACCGACUGGGUAAUAGUGAAGUUGGGUGCCGAGGGAUAUAUCGAUGACAUACUCGUCGAUACGAAUCACUUCAAGGGCAAUUAUCCAAAAGAGGUGUAUUUGGAAGCUACGAAUACUUCUGAACAGGUUCCGAGUGCUUCGUGUGUGUGGAAUCUCAUCCUGCCUGCUCACAAGUUAGGUCCUCAUAUGGAGCAUACGUUUGCCCAGCUACAAAAUAACAACAUUCCCUACACGCACGUUCGCAUGACCAUUGUUCCCGACGGUGGUGUGAAGCGACUUCGUGUGUAUGGACGCCGUGUCAUUCGGUAA